GUCAGAGUUUUUUGACGAAUUAUCUGAGCUAGAAGAAUUACUUAAAGAAUCAGAAUUUGAUUUUUCUGUGUUAAUGGUUGCUUCAGACUUAAAUUUAUUAGAUAGUUCUUCACUCUUUAGAAUUUGGUCAUCACUGACUGAAU